CAAAAUGCUUUGUCUUGAUCAUCAAUGUCGAUGUCGCUAUGAUCAGGAGCUUCCUCGCAAUACUUCUGGGCCCCUCCCCGCCCCGCCUUGAUGCCUGCUUGCAUUAUAAACUCUCUCUCUAUCUUUCUCUCUCGAAUUUACAUGCAAAUUGGCAUUAACUUGAUCUCGGGAAACGGGAUGCAGUAACCGGAACGGAGCUCCGAAUUCUGCAAUGGCGGUCAAUUUCACUCAAGAGUGCCAAAAUGCCCAUAGCGUCGUGGUGGUGUUUCCCAAUGGAGCGACGAUUAACCCCCAGUGUGAAUCAGUGAAAGCUGUUGGGCUUGUUGAAGUUCCUGAUCUAUUGGAAAAGGAGACAAGUUUGAAUUCUGAAACCAAUCUACUAAAUCGUACCUACCAGAUGUUGGAUAGAGUAGAUAACUAUGCACCAUGCAACUUGAACGUUGAUAUUGAGAAAGGAAUGCCAGAAAUUCCUAAAUCAAGUGAAGAAUCUAUUGGCUGUUUGAAGUCUGAUGAUUCCUUAUCUACGGUCCUGCAGAAAGUGAUUUGGUUACAGUUGACCGGAAUAUUCAUGAACCUGUUCGUGCAACAAAGCCAUGAUCUGCCCAUGGUUUCUUCAAAAGAUAGAUAUUUAGCGGAGAGAGUUUAUGAUACGCCUACCAAUAGAUCAAGGAAGUUCAAGCGAUCUCCAUCCUUCAAUUCUAGAAGAGUAGUUCUCCUGUUCUCAGUUGUGUCUAGCAUGGGAACGAUAAUCCUAAUAUAUCUGACACUCAGAGUGAGACAGAUCAGUGAUGGGUCUGGUACUAUUUGAAAUGUCUUCUUGCUGCAACGAUUACGCGGAUAUUGUUUGUGCAGACGUUUUUCUGUUUAGGUUUCAAGUUUUCAUCCUUGUAUCUUGGUUCCACGGUAUAGAUUUCUCAUAAAAUAAAACACUUGUAUAUAUACAACUUUCAAGUUUUUCUUGAUCUAUAUAGUCGCGGGGCUUUCUGCAACCGUGGCUCUUCAAUUGUAGCAA